AUGAAUUCGGUGUUUAAUAGUAUUCUGAUUAUUAUUUUAUCGUUGGGAAUGGCAUCUUUUACCAGAAAUAAAGCAUUUAAGAACUGGCUUGUGUCAAAGUUGGAAAAAUCAUUAACAACAUUACAGUCUUAUCCACCGGUCUCUGCUAACUUCAAACUAGUCGAUUCGCCUUAUUUUACGAAGCAGCAAUCACUUAAAGAUAUUGCUGCAUCAUUAUCACAAUUGUGUGAGUACAAGAUCAGAGCUCUAAGACAAAACGGGAUAGUUUAUCAACGAACAAGCAACGUAACUCCCAGUGAUAUAGAACAGCUUAACCAGAUCGGUUAUUUCGAUAAAAUAGUUGCCGUGAACAAAUCAAUUGAUGUAAAUUAUGACACCUUGAGCAAAAUUAUAGAAUAUACUCUAAAGGAAAUACUUGUUAACAAUGAUUUUAACUCAGCAAUUGAAUCAGUACUGAGAGACGCUGGUUAUACAUGGGACAAAGAAAAUGACACAUUGGUUCGCGAUUCAAUAAAUUCCAUUCGAUUUUCUAAAAAGAGUAACCAAAGCCGUGUGAAUGAAGCCAUGUGUCACAUUGUCAGAGAUUGGUGUGAUGUUUAUGAUUUGGAAAGAAAGCCUCUUGUAGAUUUCAUUGAGGAGUCUUUCGGAAAUUGUGACAUCGAUGAAGACACAUUAAUUGUUGUACCAGGAUCUGGAUGUGGAAGGCUAGCUUAUGAGGCAGCCAAUCGAUUUCCAAAAGCAAAGGUUACAUCUAUUGAAUACUCGUCUUUGAUGUAUUUGUGUAACGAAUAUGUCCUCGGAACUACGGACAAUAUCACCGUUGAUCCCUUCUAUCAAAUUUAUAGUGGUCAACAAAGUAUGGAAGCGCAAACCAGGCACUUUAGGAUGGACUUGGAUAAGUUCCAAAAGCCAGAGAACUUAACAGUACUUUUCGGUGACUUUUGCUGCUAUAAACCAGAGAAAAAAUACAAAAAUAUAAUAGUAUGUUCUGCAUUCUUUAUUGACACAGCAGCAAACAUGUUUGAUUACUUCAAUGCUAUUGAGAUGCUUUCUAACAAUUGUACAGGACGUUUACACUGGGUUAAUGUUGGACCGUUGAAAUACGGAACUAGACCACUAGUACAAUUCACAUACGAUGAGCUAGCAAGACUACGUAAAUUACGUGGAUGGGAAGAUCAUUCCAACCAGGUUGAUGUUAAAAAUUUGAAUGGUUACCUAACAGACUACGAAUCCUUAUUCCAAGGGUUUUAUGGUCUAGCCAAAUUCCAUUCGGAACUAAAAAGAUAA